AUGGAGUCCAUGCACAGGCAGGACUCCUCCAUCUCCUUUCCAACACUUCCCUCUUCGCCUAUCAAGCCGACAUCGACAGCACCAUUGCCCACCUUCUCCACCUCAGAGUGCUUCAACUCGCAUCAAAACGACUCUAUGCCACCACCAUCGCGUGUCAUCGGUAAAGCCUGCUCAACCAACAUCCAGCCAUCUCAGCAACAGCAGAGGCAUUCCAUCAUCUCGGACGACUCAUCCGCUGCUUCUUCUGCCGACUACUUUGGCGCUCAUGCUCCCAUCAGUAGACCAAUUUCGGCCACGACGCUCGCCUCCUCCCGUCCCUCAUCCGUCGCAUCUAAUGCAUCUACCGGAAGCCACGUUCAAGGGCAGCUGACAGCGUGUGCUGACUUGCUCAGUCCAGGCCUUGCAUCCGCACUUGGUCUCGUUCCGAGCAACCCCAACAACAUCACCUUCCCCAGCUCCAGCAGGAGCUCAAGUGGCCAGCACGCACCAGGUAGUGCAGAUGCAGGCAGCAGUUUGGGCAACCCAGCGAGGAGACGCGUUCGAGCUCAGAGUGCACACAGCGGCGCUCUCGCCAACCGACGUCCUUCCAUGCCUAUCGUGCCAAGCAUGAACCAUCGCAUUAGUGUUGCCAGUGUCUCGAGCUUCGAGAGCUUACCCGAGGACGAAAUGGUGCAGGGCUUCCUUGCGCCUGCUACAUUGAUGCCCAAGUCACGCACCAGCAGCUACGAGCGCAUCACUCGCAGUGCCACAGGCGCAUACUCGCACGCAAAGGAGGACACCGUCAUGGCUGGAAGUAGCGCAAGGAGUCAGAUACCAGAGCGGUCCGUCUCGAACUCUUCGAUCGGCAACUCUUCCAAUGCACGUUCAUCCAACGAAGGUCCGACAGCAUACAACGAUCAAGCACCCUCGGAUAGUGUCUCUUUGCUCUCAUCGUCUGUUUCCUCUUCGGCUCACGGCGGGGGGCCUAGCACUACCAGCUCAAACUCAACAAUCACAACAGGCUCCACACGCCCGAGCUUCUUCCUUCGACGCGCAGCCACGGCACCUGUGCCACCAGUUGACUCCUCGGUUCUUAUGGCACAUCGACAGCGUAGCGCACGCGAGCUUCUCGACACAGAACGAUCUUUUGUGGCCAGCUUGACUUUGAUCGAUCAAGAGUACUAUCAGCCACUGAUGGCUAGUCUCGGUAAAGGCAAAGGUCCAGCUGCUGCAAAUGCAAGCACACCGCCAAUUCUGUCUCGCAAGUCCAUGUCCGACAUCUUUUCCAACUUCUACGACAUUCUUCAGCUUAGCAAAGAACUGCUUAGCCAGCUUGAAGAUCGACUCCAAGUCACUAGCUAUUCUGCUUCCUCUGCCUCUUCGAGCUCAGAUCGUACUCAGUCGGCAGGUACAGACAUGAAGUGGAAUGCUUCUGUCGACUGCGUCGGCGACAUUCUCGCCACGCUGGCGCCUUUCCUCAAAAUGUACUCGCUCUUCGUCAAGAACUUCAGCAGUGCCCUACAGCGUAUCGAGUACGAGCAAAAGACUAACGAGGCCUUUGCCAAGUUCCUCAAAGAGACGGAUCAGAGGCGAGCUGCAAAGGAGAAGGUCACCACCACCACUGGUGGCGUUCGACAGGCUUUCGGGUAUGGGCUUGGGUUCCAAGCUCAUCUGUUGACCAUCGUUCAGAGGAUCCCGCGAUACAAAUUGUUGGUUGACGAUCUGGUCAAGUCGACACCAGAGACGCAUCCCGACUUUGUCGACCUCAGGCGGGCAAGUCAUAUGAUCGAACAGGUCGCUUCGUACAUCAACGAAAACGUCAGGCAGCACGAGAUGGUGCUUACCAUGCUAGGGCUGCAGAAGAGCUUGCAGGGUCUCACAGAGCCGCUCGUUGCACCAGGGAGAGCACUGAUCAAGCGAGGAACGUUGAUGAAGACGUGUCGUCGCAACAUUCAGCCUCGCGAGUUCUUCUUAUUCACCGACUGCUUGAUGUAUGCGAGUCCCAUCUCGGGCGGUAUGGAGUCAGCUUCUGCUGCUUGGAUGGCGUUGGCGCAACGUGGAGGCUUGUAUGCCGGUAACACGGCAGAACAGCUUCAGUCGCCUACCAUGACUUCUCCUUCCACAACGUCUUCGUCACCAAUCGAGUCGAUUCUGCCAUCUGCAAGCUAUACCGCUCCAUUGGGUCCGCGAGCUCGAUUUGCGUCGGUGCCUGAACCAUAUACCCCACUUGCAGGCGCGAUUUUUUCACUGGCAGGACAUCAAUUGCAGUUUCGAGACAAGUUCGGGCUUCGCGACUGCACCGUCGUCGGUGUGGAGGACAACAUGCAUGAGGGUCUUCGACAUUGCUUUGAGAUCCGUACACCGGACAAGUCGUUUGCGGUCUAUGCAGAGAGUCAGGCUAAUAAAGAGGCCUGGGUCAAUUGCAUUCGCGAGGCGCGUGCUGAUCACAUGUCGGCGAGAAGGACUUUGAAGGCGGAAGAAGACAGUAUUGAGGCCAAGAGGGAGAGGAGAAGGUCUCUGUACAAGAUCGAUGCGACAAAGGUUGCCAAUCGAUGCCUCAGCACUCAGAGCUUAGGUGCCUAUUUGGCAGGGACCAACUUGAUCGGGUCAGAUAAAGCUGUGGUGCUGCCUUCUUCGUCGUCGCAGCAAGCGGCGGAGGAGCAAGGAGGAGAGAGUAGCGCCUCGAGGUCUGCUUCGCGAGAGCGUGGCGCAGCGGUACCGCAUCGACGAUCGCGUGUCGACUCGUUGCCCAACUUGCUUCUGCGUCCGCCGUCGUUCCCAUCGUUCCCGACAGCUGGUACCAACUUGUCCCUGGCCAACUUGCUGCCUUCAAGCGGUUCGGGUGCUGCUGCAGCACCACCGCUUCGGGUGCUGGAAGACUACAAUGCACCUGUAUGGGUACCAGACAAUCGGGCCGACAAGUGCUGCAACUGCCAGGAGACUUUUGGCAUGUGGCGUCGCAAGCAUCACUGUCGGUUAUGCGGACAGGUGGUGUGCAGGACAUGCUCGCAACGAUCUUUCCUCAUUCCGAGCUAUCAGGAAGGUGAGCCGGAUCGACCUGCGCGUGCUUGCGAUCGUUGCUAUGAUAGUGUCUUUCCUCCUGACACGGCUGAGGAGGGUGAAGCAGCAGUAGGAGGGGAGGAUGCAAAUGCGGUCGGGCCGGAUAUUGCGGAGAUGCCGUUGGUUCCGAGUACGAGUACGGAUGACAGUGUUGCUCAGACCUUAGGUGCGUAUAGGUUUGCUUCAGAUCUGGAUACGGAUGUAGAGGCGGGUAGUCAUCAGGGUUCGCCUGUGACACCGCCUGUUGGAGAAAGUGCAGGUGCGGGUGUGGAAGUGAUGAUAGCUUCAGUCUCACUUUCUGAAGGUGUUGCUGGGAAGUCAGCGAUGGCAAAGAAGAAAGGCGGAGGUGGUGGUAAUGUCCGAUCCAAAUCGUUGAGAUUUGAGACUUUGCCUCCGCCAGAGAUGUCCAUAUCCGAAGCAGGGCCUUUGCGAGAUGGAGCCGUAUCGCCCACUGCACCCACCAGCUCAGCCGAUCUCACUCCGCCACCUUCGCAAAGCGCGCCUCCCACACCGCAUCAUCUCGAUCGACGACGCAGCGAAACCGCCACCAGCACUCGCACCUCUCCCACCCGUCCUCUUUCGCACCAACAACAACCACCCAUCCUCCCCGCACGAUCCAAAUCCCUCGCUGGCCCCGUCGCAUCAGGCUCACCACGUGUCAUCUCCAACCGCGCGUCAGCCCUCGAAGCUCAUCGUCUCUUCACUCAACACCGUCCGCAUAGAAAUUCCGCCAUCCAAGCUGCCACCUCUGGAUCGGGCACGUUCAGGUUGGUUACACCGAGAUUGACUACUCCCGAAUCAGAGUUGCCUCCCGGUGCGAUGAGUGGGAAGAGGAGUAUUAUGGAUGCAGGAUACUUUGGUGGUGCAGCUAUUGCAGAGGAGGGGCAAGGUGGCGUGGAGGAAGGGGUGAGUGGGGAGGGGUUCAAGCCGUGGAUGCUGCAUGCUAUGUCUCCGAAUGGUGGGGGUGUGGGAGCGAGACCGGUGAGAAAGAGACCGUUGAGUGCCGCGGCCAGACUGAGUAGAGUCUAUGGACCGAUGUUGGCAGCGAGUGGGAGCCAGAGUCAGUUAGAUGCUGGUACCAGUGGAAGUGGUGCAACUGGGAACAAGGUUUAA